AUGCGACGAAUUCGUGCAUCGAAAGUGGUCAACAUGGAAGUUGAUUCGACAUCAUCAUCAAAUAUUACAGAUCAAAACUUGAAUACAUCUAUGCAUGGUGAUGAUGACGUCAUGAAAUGUUAUUUUAUCACACAAAUGGAGUCUUUGAUUUCUCUUAUGAAAAAUACAUUGUGUAUUGGGUGUAGCAAUCGUUGGAACGGCUCUUUAUCCAUUGAAAGAAGAGAUGGACUAUACCUACAUCUUGUAUUCACAUGUUCCAGUUGUGGAAACGUCACCGAUUUACAUUCAUCACCUAAGUUACAGGAUACCAGACGUUAUGAAGUCAAUGUUAGAUUGGCAAUUGGUGGCACUUUGUCGGGUAUUGGCCAUUCUGGGGUUAAGAAAUUGCUAGGUGUCAUGAAUUUGCCAGCACCUGUGGAUGAAGAAUACUAUAGUAAAACACAAACGUAUAUAAUAGAUCAUGUUUCGAGAGCUCAACAAGAAUCUAUGGCUGUUGCUGUAAAUGAAGCCGUACUCGAAGGUGGUGGUAAUAAACAAUUGACGGUAAGUGGAGAUGGCGCAUGGCUCACAAGAGGUCACACCAGUGCACAUGGAGUAGCUGCUUUGUGUUCUACAGCACGUUGCCCAAAGAUAUUGGAUACAAAUUGGUUAUCUAAACGGUGUUCGAAAUGUCAAGGGUCCGAAAGUCUUCGUCAACAAGAUCCGGAAUUGUUUGAAAUGUUCAAAGAAACACACGAUUGCCAGAUAAACUACGAAGGUGCAUCUGGAUCAAUGGAAAAAGAGUUGAUACACCAAAUGUUUUGUCGUUCAGUAUCCAAGUACGAUGUCAAGUAUACGUCAUUUAUUGGAGACGGAGAUGCCAAGGUUCAUAAGUAUUUACUGGAAAAUCCUCCGUAUUCUGACGUGAAGAUAAAGAAAAUCGAAGAUGUUAACCAUUUUGCCAAGCAUGGCAAGAAACUGCAUGGAAAAGGUCGAAUGACUGAUGGUCAGGCUAUAAAAUUUAAGAUCUAUUUUGGCAAGGCCAUCCGUGAAAACAAAUCUAAUCUCGAUAAUAUGUAUAAACGAUCAUGGGCUAUUUUCAAACAUCGCUAUUCAACAAACGAUGAACCUAUGCAUGAGUGGUGUCAAUAUCUACAAGCAGCAGCUAAUGGACAAACAUCUGAUCACUCCAAGUCAUCGAUUCCGCGUCCAUGUUUGGAUAUGAUUAAACCGGCCUUCGAUGAGCUAUGUAGUCGUGAGAGUCUGGAACGUGUAGUUGAGGGUGGUUCACAAAAUGCCAACGAAGCAUUUCAUUCAUUAUUAUGGACAAUGGUACCAAAACAUCGAUAUUGGUCAUCAACAAUUAUUCGUAUUGCACUGGGUUUAUCUGCCAUGGUUUUUAAUGAUGGUUAUAU